AUGGAAAAGGCACUUGCACGCUACGGUGUCACUCAUCGUCUUUCUACCGCGUACCACCCGCAAACUAGUGGCCAAGUAGAGAAUGCUAACCGAGGGGUGAAGAGGAUCUUAGAGAAAACGGUAGGAAAAAGUAGAAAGGAUUGGUCGGAAAAGCUCGACGAUGCUUUGUGGGCAUUCCGUACCGCCUAUAAGACACCGUUAGGCACAACACCCUUUAUGAUCGUGUAUGGCAAAGCUUGCCAUCUUCCGGUAGAAUUAGAGCAUAGGGCGUUGUGGGCAUUAAAAACCGUAAACCUUGACCUUACCGAAGCCGCAAGGAGGAGAUUCUUCCAUAUUCAUGAGUUGGAAGCAUUGAGGGAUGCCGCUUAUGAAAGAUCAUGGAGUAUCAAGGAGAAAACUAAGGCAUUGCAUGAUAGGCGGUUGAGAGGUUUGAAAGAUUUUAAGGUAGGUGAUAAAGUACUUUUGUUCAACUCACGGUUGAAAUUGAUAGCAGGAAAAUUGAAAUCGAGGUGGAGUGGCCCGUAUGUGGUGAAAGAAGUGUUUCCAUACGGCACGGUUGAGCUAUACGAUGAGGUCGACAAAGGUGUGUGGAAGGUAAACGGCCAUAGACUGAAACAUUACCUGGGAGGUCCUAUUGAUACUACUGAAGAGGAAGAAAUUCCUCUAGAGGACCCACCUACCUUUGCCGAACAGUGA